UCAGGCCUCCCGCUCGUCCUAGAGCGGCCGCGCGGGAGCCGACUGCGGCGCACUUCCGCCCGGGCGUGCCCCGCCCCGAGGGUUGCUGGACUGCAGAUCCGGCGUGCACCUCCCUGGGCUCCAAGCCCGGGCCGCGGGCAGAGGGGUGGAAGAUGUCCAUGGAUGUGACAUUUCUGGGAACAGGCGCAGCAUACCCAUCCCCGACCAGGGGAGCCUCUGCCGUGGUCCUUCGGUGUGAGGGCGAGUGCUGGCUCUUUGACUGCGGGGAGGGAACACAGACACAGCUUAUGAAAAGCCAACUUAAAGCAGGGAGGAUCACCAAGAUCUUCAUCACACAUCUUCAUGGAGACCAUCUCUUUGGCCUUCCUGGCCUCCUGUGCACAAUCAGCCUGCAGAGCGGCCCCACGGUCCCCAAGCAGCCUAUUGAGAUCUUUGGCCCUGUAGGGCUGCGGGACUUCAUAUGGCGAACCAUGCAGCUCUCUCACACAGAGUUGGUCUUCCCCUAUGUGGUUCAUGAGCUGGUGCCCACAGCGGAUCAGUGUCCGGCAGAGGCACUGAGAGAGCUGGCAGGCAUGGACAAAGCAGACAGCCCUGCUGCCCAGGGACAAGGACGAACCAUCCUCUUGGACUCCGAGGAAGAUGCAUACCUUCUGGUCGAUGAGGAGCAGUUUGUUGUCAAAGCAUUUCGCCUCUUCCACAGAAUUCCUGCCUUUGGGUUUUCAGUUAUGGAAAAGAAAGGCCCAGGUAAACUCAAUGCACAGAAACUGAAAGAUCUUGGUGUUCCGCCAGGUCCUGCCUAUGGGAAGCUGAAAAAUGGAAUUUCGGUUGUUCUAGAAAACGGAGUUACAGUUUCUCCCCAAGACGUUCUCAAAAAGCCUGUCAGUGGGAGAAAGAUCUGCAUCCUGGGCGACUGUUCUGGGGUGGUGGGUGAGGGGGGUGUGAAGCUGUGCUUUGAGGCGGACCUGUUGAUCCACGAGGCCACCCUGAACGACGCCCAGAUGGACAAAGCCAAGGAGCAUGGCCACAGCACGCCUCAGAUGGCGGCGACCUUUGCCAAGCUGUGCCGUGCAAAGAGGCUGGUUUUGACUCAUUUCAGUCAGAGGUACAAACCAACCUCUUUGGCCCGAGAAGGAGAACCAGACGGCACCAUGGAGCUGAAAAGGCAAGCUGAAGCCGUGCUGGAGCUGCAGGAAGUGACUCUGGCAGAAGAUUUUAUGGUGAUCAGCAUUCCAAUCAAGAAAUGAAACCUGAGCGCAUACUGGCAUAUCUGUGACACUAUUACUGAACACAGUCCAGCUUGUGUUGUUUUUUUCAUCUGAAGUUCUUUGGGUCCUGGUAAUCCUUGAAAGGAUAGAGCUGCAUUGCUGAGCUGACUCAGUCACGGCAGGGAGCAAGUUUUUUGAUAAUAAAUCAUUUUGAAAGAAAA